AUGCCGGUGCGCGGCGGGGAACCACAACGUUAUGUGCAGUGGCGUAAAUUGAGUGGUGCAAAUGCGGCACUUGCACCACCACAUCUAAAAUGUGAUGGUGCAAAGGAUAAAAGCUUGUGUAAUAAGAACAUCAAUAUUACGAAUAAAAAUAUGAUCAAUACAAGAUUUAGUGCUAUUGGUCACGCGACCAGUUUAUUGGCACAAUUUGCACUAAGUGGCUGUUCACAGAGCGAAGUAAUAAACAAUAUAUCUAAAAGCAUGUCAUUGCUAGGUCCAUCAUUUUCUUUGAACUCAAUUGUAUGUAUUCUUGCUAUCAGUGUCGGGAUGCUGCCAGGUGUCCAAAUUUUAGAAACACUGUAUCGUAUGUUAACAUGCAUGUCAUUCAUUGCGAACUAUGUGGUAAUCAUGAGUUUUUAUCCAGCUUGUUUAUCCUUGGUAUUGGAUGUAAGAGAUGAAAAUGGUAUGUCGUUUUGGGGUGACCGUUCUCAGAUAACUGUCAUUUACAAUGAUCAUAAAACUUAUCCAAUCACACAACGCGCUAAGGUGAUAAUGUCAGUUGGUGUAAUGAUUGUUCACGCGCAGAGAAAGGAGAACAUUCAGUUUGCCUUUAAACUUGAAACUUGUUCACUACAUUUUAGUCGAUGGGCAUUGAGUGGUAUGGAAACAGAAGCAGAUAAUAUGUUAGGAAUACAAGUUAGCAAGUUUAUUGUAUUUAACGAAACUGAAAAGAAUAACCAUCUUUCUGUUCAUAGCUCUAUUAUGCAUUGGAUGGCUAGUGGGGCCGAUCAUAUAGUUAUAUUGAUACUUUUACUAUCAAUGAUAGUUUGGUUUUGGUUCUUUGGAGACCGUGAUGAUCUAGCUCAUACCUUAGCUCAGGUGAAUAAAAAACAGUCAACUAACACAUCCGUUCAUUCAGUACGUCAUGUCCUUGAAACCCAAAAAAAUUUUAAACAUACACAUAGCCAAACUGGGUAUCGAAAAGCAUCAGUUUAUACUUCCAACAAAAUGGUUCAAACAGAAAAUGUUGAUGGUGACAACAAUGUGGAAAUCAGACCUUUUGAUGAAUGUUUAGAUAUUUAUAAAACUCAGAAAUCAGCUGACAAAUUAAAUGAUGAUGAAGUAUUAAUGUUGGUGAAAUCGAACCAUAUAAAACCCUACAUGUUGGAAAAAUGUGUCAAUAACCCAGAGAGGGGUGUUGGUCUUAGAAGAAAAAUAAUUGCAGCAGAAAGCAAUCUAAUGGAAGCCUUAAUACAAUUACCUUACAUUGGUUAUGACUAUUCUAAAGUACUAGGAACCAAUUGCGAAAACGUUAUAGGAUAUGUAGCUGUGCCUGUUGGAGUUGCUGGACCAUUACUUGUGGAUGAUGUGUUUUAUCAAGUACCCAUGGCGACCACUGAAGGUUGUUUAGUGGCCAGUACAAACAGAGGAUGUAGAGCACUGACAAUGUGCGGUGGCGUUAUAACUAGAGUUGUGGAUGAUGGUAUGACUAGAGGACCCGUUGUCCGAUUUUCUUCAGUUACUACUGCUAGCAAAGCAAAAAUGUGGAUGGACAAUCCAGAAAAGUUCAAAAUAAUUAAGUUGGCAUUUGAUUCAACGAGCAGAUUUGCAAGACUCACAAAAUUACUUGUGCGUAUUGCUGGUCGACAUCUGUUUAUUCGGUUUACAGCUUCUACGGGUGAUGCAAUGGGCAUGAAUAUGUUAUCCAAAGGAACAGAAAAAUCACUCCAAGUUAUUGAAGGAUACUUCCCCGACAUGGAAGUUUUAAGUUUGAGUGGUAAUUUUUGUUCUGACAAAAAGCCAGCCGCAGUCAAUUGGAUUGAAGGCCGUGGAAAAUAUGUUGUUAGUGAAGCAAUUGUACCUUCAAAAAUUGUCACUGAGGUACUAAAAACUACUGUAGGAGCAUUGGUUGAUGUUAACAUAAGCAAAAACUUUAUAGGAUCAGCAAUUGCUGGUAGUAUUGGAGGAAAUAAUGCACAUGCAGCCAAUGUUGUUACAGCUGUAUACAUUGCUACAGGACAAGAUCCAGCGCAAAAUGUGGCGAGCAGCAAUUGCAUGACACUGAUGGAAGCAUUUGGUGAAGACCUGUAUGUAUCAUGUACAAUGCCUUCGGUUGAGGUUGGUACAGUAGGCGGAGGAACUUCAUUACCUGGUCAAUCUGCGUGUUUAGAAAUGCUUGGCGUACGAGGUGCAAACUCUCAAACCCCUGGGGCCAACGCCAAACAAUUAGCACGUAUACUGUGUGCAACUGUUUUAGCCGGCGAACUGUCGCUGAUGUCGGCCUUGACUGCUGGUCAUUUAGUAAAAAGCCACAUGAUUCACAAUCGGUCCGCUCCUUCCAUUCAGAAUUUAGAAUCAGAACCAUGCAAAUCAACCAGAUAAUUUACGCACCGUGUGUCUUGAAUAACGUGAAAUUAAUUUAUUUUACUUCAUACUUAUUACUCAAUUCUAUUUUGUUAGAAUCUAUGUUGUAUAUAAACAAAUGGCUUUUAUUAUAAAGUCAAUAUUUUCUGUGA